AUGAGGAGGAAAGGAGCGAAAACCCAUUCUGGGACUGGAACCAGGAGCAACGAGGAUGAACUCAACCUGGAAAUCAAUCCUUUUUUUGCCAAUAUUGGGGUGAAGAUUGAGAUCCCAGAAUUCGAGGGCACCACUUAUUCAGAUGAGUUCAUCGACUGGUUACACACCGUCGAAAGAGUCUUUGAUAUCAGAGACUUGACAAAAGACCAGAAGGUCAAACUGGUCGCUAUCAAACUGAGGAAGCAUGCCUCAUAUUGGUGGGAACAUAUUAAGAAGCAGCAAAAAAAAGAAGGGAAGUCAAAGAUCAGGAGUUGGGAUAAGAUGAAGAAACUGUUGCAACAAAAAUUCUUACCAAUUCACUACCGGCAGGAGUCAUCAAGUUCAACAACCAACACUAGUGUGGGGAAGGAUCCUUCUAACCCGAAACUAGUAAGCAAAGGGGUAACGACCAAUGGUGGAGCUAGCAAGACAGGAACUACGAAAAAGAGGUGCUUCAAAUGCCAAGGUUUAGGACACUUCACUGCUGAUUGUCCAAACCGGCAGUAUGUUACUCUUGUCGAUACGACAGCUGAUGAUAUAGGCCCCACCUAUGAUGAGUAUGAAGAAGAUCAGGUGGAUGGAGGGUCUGAAGAAGGUGAGAUUAUCUAUGGUGAUGUUGGAGAAUCCUUGGUUGUUCGGAGGGUUCUGAGUGUUGACGUAGCUGAUGAUGAGUUGUGGCUCUGA